CCUACAGAGGUAAGGAUCAGGAGAGAAGUGAUGGACAUUAUGGAGGUAGUGAAGAAACCUUUGUAUAUCAUGAAGAGACUUGAUAGAAUGAAAAGUGGAAGUACACGUGAGGGAUUCAGAUUGAUAACUUCUGAUGAGGAUUGGAUGUUCUGGCCUCCAGACCACAAGGUGAUAUGUAAUUCCUCUCAGAUCAGUCUCUAUCGUAUCCCACAACACACUGUGAUUUUGAUGGAGUGUGAUGAUCUACCACCUGGUUUAACCAGACUUAGCCUGUUAAGCCAAUCCAAUAAUGCAGAAACCGUUUCGUCCUGUGUAGUAAUGAAUGACAAUAUAUAUGUAUCAAGUAAAAUAUUCAGAGAAAACUAUAUGCGAUUCUUAAAUAGCUAUGAUAUUUCUACUGCUGUCCUUCAUGGACCUUGUUCUACCUAUUCCAUACUCCAAAAUGCAGAUACUGACAAUGCUUUCUGUUUCAAGUCACAUCACUGGCAGACGUCAGCACUACCAUGGAUACAGAGAUGUCGUGAACGGGGAUGGCCGAAUCAAACAGUUGUAUGA